AAAAUUCAUUGCAGACUUGAUUUUCGACGCGGUUGUGUUUGAUGUUCAGUAGCUGGUUUUCUUUCGGCGUUGAGGAAAAUUAGUUUGAAAAUGCGAUAGCGUUUUCUUGUUGUGCGUGAAAACUAUUCGUAUGACAUUGUUUGGUGAUAGUUUGUGCAUAUAGUAUGGCGUUGGGCAACGGCAGUACCCCAAAUGGUGGUGUUAGCGAAAAGGCCCCAGUGGUCAAUGGGACUAACAUGGAAACCUUACCCAGGACCGGAAAACAGACGGAUCCAAAUACAGCCUUCCUUCGAGCAGCUAGGGCCGGACAGCUAGACAAAAUCCAAGAAUAUCUGGAUUCUGGAACUGUCAGGGAUAUCAAUACGUCCAACGCAAACGGCUUAAAUGCUCUCCAUCUCGCAGCUAAAGAUGGCCAUGUCGAUAUCGCCAAAGAACUACUCAAGAGAGGUGCAGUGGUGGAUUCAGCGACCAAAAAAGGAAACACAGCUUUACAUAUUGCUUCUCUAGCUGGCCAAGAAGAAGUGGUACGUUUACUUGUCCAACACGGUGCUUCUUUGAACGUCCAAUCACAAAAUGGAUUCACUCCCCUCUAUAUGGCAGCUCAGGAAAAUCACGAUGGAGUUGUAAAAUAUCUUUUAUCCAAAGGGGCUAACCAAACUCUAGCUACAGAGGAUGGGUUCACUCCUUUGGCCGUCGCAAUGCAACAAGGUCACGAUCGAGUCGUAGCGGUACUUCUAGAGAACGACACCAGGGGAAAGGUACGUCUUCCAGCUUUGCACAUUGCCGCCAAGAAGGAUGACGUCAAAGCGGCAGGUUUGCUGUUGCAAAACGAGCACAAUCCUGACGUGACGUCGAAGAGUGGGUUCACUCCUUUACACAUCGCCGCCCAUUAUGGUAACGAUAAGGUGGCAUCAUUGCUCUACGAUAAGGGUGCCAACGUGAAUUAUACUGCCAAACAUAACAUCACACCUAUUCAUGUAGCGAGUAAAUGGGGUAAAAUCAACAUGGUGACGCUUUUGGUAGCCAAAGGUGCGGAUAUUCAAGCCAAAACUCGAGACGGUUUAACUCCAUUACAUUGUGCAGCGAGAAGUGGUCACGAUCAAGUGGUGGAUAUGUUAUUAGAGAAUGGUGCUCCAAUACAUGCUAAAACUAAGAAUGGAUUGGCUCCGUUACAUAUGGCAGCACAAGGAGAACACGUUGACGCAGCCCGCAUUCUUCUGUACCAUGGCGCACCUGUUGAUGAAGUUACAGUUGACUAUUUGACCGCCCUUCAUGUAGCGGCCCACUGUGGUCACGUGAGGGUAGCCAAGUUAUUACUUGAAAGGGGCGCCGAUGUAAAUGCUAGAGCUUUAAACGGCUUCACGCCUUUGCACAUAGCCUGCAAGAAAAAUAGGCUAAAGAUGGUAGAAUUGUUAAUCAAACACGGCGCAAGUAUCGGUGCUACGACCGAAAGUGGUUUGACGCCACUACACGUAGCGAGUUUUAUGGGAUGUAUGAAUAUUGUGAUAUAUUUACUUCAACAUGACGCCAGCCCUGACAUUCCGACUGUUAGGGGUGAAACACCACUGCACCUGGCCGCAAGAGCUAAUCAAACAGAUAUAAUAAGAAUUCUUCUUCGAAAUGGCGCAUCUGUAGAUGCCCGAGCGCGAGAAGAACAAACUCCACUCCAUGUAGCUUCUAGGUUGGGAAAUGUAGACAUUGUCAUGUUGUUACUGCAACAUGGUGCACAGCCUCAAGCUACCACAAAAGACUUAUACACUCCUCUUCAUAUUGCUGCCAAAGAGGGACAAGAAGAGGUUGCAUCGGUACUUUUAGACAAUGGUGCUGAUCUAACUGCCACUACCAAAAAAGGAUUCACACCCUUGCAUCUUGCUGCAAAAUAUGGCCAUCUUAAUGUUGCCAGACUUCUUUUACAAAGAGAUGCUCCUGCUAAUGCUCAAGGUAAAAAUGGAGUGUCACCACUUCACGUAGCAGCUCAUUAUGAUCAUCAACCUGUAGCACUAUUACUGCUAGACAAAGGAGCAUCUCCACAUGCCGCAGCUAAAAAUGGUCACACACCUUUACAUAUAGCAGCUAGAAAAAAUCAGAUGGAUAUUGCAACAACAUUGUUGGAAUAUGGAGCACAAGCAGACGCUGAAUCUAAAGCCGGAUUCACUCCUUUACAUCUCAGCGCCCAAGAAGGUCACUCUGAUAUGUCUUCCUUGUUACUAGAACAUCAAGCUAAUCCAAAUCACAUUUCUAAGAACGGACUUACACCUUUACAUCUUUGUGCCCAAGAAGAUCGUGUACCAGUUGCUCAACUCCUCCUCAGAGCGGGUGCUUUAAAAGAUGCUCAAACGAAAAGUGGAUACACGCCGUUGCAUAUUGCAUGUCAUCAUGGUCACGUCAACAUGGUGAGGUUAUUAGUUGAACAAGGAGCGGAUGUUAAUCCUGUCACAGGAGCGGGAUAUACACCGUUACAUCAAGCAGCCCAACAAGGACAUGUUUUAGUGAUUAGUUUGCUGCUUAAAAAUAAAGCUGAUCCUAAUGCUGUCACUCAGAAUGGGCAAACAGCUUUAGGAAUAUCAAAUAAGUUGGGAUAUAUUAGUGUCGUGGAAGAAUUAAAAGUAGUUACUGAACUAACAAUAAACACUACUACUACCAUGAGCAUUGAAGAAAAAUAUAAGGUUAUGGCUCCAGAAGCAAUGCAAGAAACCUUUAUGUCUGACUCGGAAGAUGAAGGAGGCGGAGUGGAUGAGCCGCCAGUGACAUAUGGCAGACCUGCGCAUGCGCAACACGUGUAUCUUCCUUACUACCAGGGACAAAUGACAUAUAUACGUGACGAUCCACUUCUUGGUGAUCAAGCACAAUACAAAUAUAUGACGGUGGAUGACAUGAAAUCUUUAGGGGACGAUUCCAGAAUGGACGUUACCCAUGACGAAAAAAGCGAAUAUAACAGAAAUUCUGUUGCUCCAUCACAAGUCAGCAAUGAGCUAAUUAUUCAUUCGCACAAUGUGAAAGAACUUUAUUCACAACUGGACAAUGUCGACAUUAAUAGACAGCCUGUUACUGCUGGCUUGUACGGCUCCGACAGUGAGUGGGUGCGGCUAGAAAGAUCCCUGUUGCACUUAGGUCCCAAGCCCAAAGUCCCAGGCACUGGCCUGUGCAGAGAAAGCUUUCUGGUAUCAUUUUUGGUGGACGCCCGUGGUGGAGCCAUGCGAGGAUGUCGGCAUUCAGGAGUAAGAGUUAUUGUUCCCCCUAGAUGUGCGCACGCACCCACUAGGGUAACCUGUCGUUACGUAAGAGCUCACAGGGCACCGCAUUCUCCACCUUUGAUGGAGGGAGAGGCACUGGCGAGUAGAUUAUUGGAGUUAGCACCUGUGGGAGCCAAAUUUUUGGGACCAGUUAUUAUCGAGGUGCCUCAUUUUGCCUCACUUCGUGGGAAGCAACGGGAAAUUAUCGUUUUGAGAUCAGAGAACGGUGAAACUUGGAAAGAGCAUACAUUGGAAGCCAACGAAGAGGCAAUUCAAGACGUUUUAAAUCACAGUUUUGACGGAGAAGAACUAAGUCAGUUGGAGGAUCUCCAUACAAACCGUAUUACCAGGAUAUUAACGAAUGAUUUCCCCCACUAUUUUGCUGUCAUUUCGAGAAUUAGGCAAGAAAUAUACGGAAUUGGUCCUGAAGGUGGUACUGUUUCUAGUUCUGCCGUUCCAUUGGUACAAGCUGUAUUUCCUCCAAAUGCUUUAACAAAGAAGAUUCGAGUGGGAUUACAAGCUCAAGCAAUUGAACCAGAGUUGGUUUCUAAGCUACUAGGCCAUGGAGUGGCAGUUUCGCCUAUCGUCACUGUAGAACCACGUCGUAGGAAAUUCCAUAAAGCUAUAAUGUUGAGCAUGCCAGCUCCUAAAGCCCAUUCACAGGGUAUGAUCAAUCAGUACCAAGGAGCUUCCAGUACCACUUUGAGGCUAUUGUGUUCCAUUACAGGGGGCCAAAAUAAAGCAGUUUGGGAAGAUGUAACUGGUUCCACUCCACUAACUUUCGUGAAAGACUGUGUAUCGUUUACCACCACAGUAUCUGCACGAUUUUGGUUAAUGGACUGCAGAAAUGUAGCUGAUGCGGCUAAAAUGGCUACAGAAUUAUACACUCAGGCUGCACAUGUACCUUUCAUGGCAAAAUUUGUCGUUUUUGCUAAGAGAGUGAGUCAGCUGGAAGCGAGGGUACGCGUUUUUUGUAUGACUGAUGACAAAGAAGACAAGACUUUAGAACACCAAGAACAUUUCACAGAAGUUGCCAAAAGUAGAGAUAUAGAGGUUUUGGAAGCCAAAGACAUUUACAUGGAAUUUGCGGGUAAUUUAAUUCCAGUUCUUCAAUCAAAUGACCAACCUCGCUUAGGAUUCAAGGCCUUCAAAGAAAACAGAUGCGCGUUUAAUAUGAGAUUAAGGGAUCAUGACGAAGAGCCAGUGGGUAGAAUAAUUUUCAUGUCUGAAGCUAAAGCCGGACGUACUGGUUAUACUCAAAGCAAUCCGCUUUGUACAUUGAACUUUAUUUUGCCUAAAGAAGUACUUCCCGACAGAGACUCACAGUCAGAUUUAUUAUCGAUUAACAAAGAUCAUAGUUAUCUGCAACAUGGAGGCAUUAGUAAACCAGACACAAUUCAUAGAGCCGAUUUUAGAUUGUCGGACAUUUGCAAUCUUCUCGAUGAAGAUUGGGAAAAAUUAGCUUUAGAGUUGGAUAUUCCCCCUUCAGAUGUAGAACUGAUUAAGGAAGAAUAUCCCGAAAACCAUCCGCAACAAGGAAUGAUUAUGUUUCGGUUGUGGUUGAGACAGAAAGCAAAUAAGGCUACAGGAAAUCAGUUGGAAUUAGCACUGAAUAAAAUUGGACGACAAGAUAUUGUAGACAAAUGUAUAUGCAACGUUGAGCUGGUUACAGAUGACAUGGAAAAAGCUCUUGCUAAAAUUCAUUUAGAUCAAUCUGGUUUUGACUAUUUAAAGGACGAAUUAGGUCCUUCACGUGACACAUCUUUGAGACGAGAUACUCACCUAGAUAGAUCGUAUUUAGGCAGCGAAGAAAAAUUAGAAAGAAGCGAAAAAAGUGAUGAAGUGGAUAAUGAGAACCAAAAUUCUACGGGAAAGGAUAUUUCAGAUACUAAUGUUGAUAAUAGAAGGCAACAUAUACCAACUUCUGAAAUUAUUUUAAAUGGCAAUCAGGAGAUUUCAGAAAAACCUCUUAAAGUAGUAGUUACAAAUAAGUUAGAUAAUGCUAUAACAACUCCCCCUCCUACUCCCAAUGAAUUCAGUAAUCAAGAAGACUUUGUUAAUAGAAAUGUUGACGAAAUUCAGAAUUUAGAAAGAAUUCCAAUCCAAGUCGACGAUGUCAAGCAACAAGAACUCUUCACUUCAACACCUUUAAAAAAAGGGUUAGAACCAGAUCUUAACCCUUUCGAAAUUUUAAAGAAAAACGUUAGUGACACGCUAACAUUCUUGCAUCAAGAACGAAACGAUUUCUUACCUCAAGAAGAUAUUAUCAUUCCUAGUCGAAAAGAUGAUCAUAUUUCGAAAGAGAUUGAUUUAGAAUAUAUUAGUUUAAAAACGCCAAAGAAAAACCAGGAAUUUGUCUUUAACGAAUCUAAGGAUAUUAAAAAAGAGAUUCCACAACAAGAACAACACGUUGAAAAAUUACAAUAUGCAACUAAAUCAACGAGUGUUAAAUCCGAUUUAGAAGUCAAUAAUGAAGAAAGUAUAACUGAAAACAGAGACGAACUUGUAAAAUUAGUCUCAGUAUCUACUCCAUCUGAAGAAAACUCCACAAACAAGACUUCUGAGGUUCGAUUCCAUGAAGAUGUUAGUCCAAAAGAUAACCAUGUGGAAAACUCCAUUCCUUAUGAUUAUGAAGAUUCCGUACGGGACAUUGCCCAACAGGAAGUCCAAGAUGUUAUUAAGCAAGCCGAAGAGGUAGUAAACUACAUGCAAAAUGAACAAGAACAGUUUUUGCCCAAUGAUAAAGAAAUUAAAUUCCACGUAGAAGAACGAGUAGAUAGCGUAUUUGAUGACAUAAGGACGAAUACUGAAGAUUCUUUAGACAAUUUAGAGAGUCUUAAAGACGACUCUAUUAGUGCUAUACAAGAGAAAAGCGAGGAAGCAUUUAAAUUCUUAGAACAAGAAGCCUCAAGUCCGUUGUUAUCGAAGCCAUCUCCCGAUACAGAUGAAUUCAUUUCGAAACACAGUUCAGCUUUAGACGAUUCCGCGGCCUUUAUACAGAGAGAAACAGAAUCUGAGUUGAAAGAUGAUAUAAGCUUUUCAGAAUCACAGAGUGAAGAUUCAUUGAGUCCAAAGAGCUCCAUUCCUCUAGCGAAGACGAGAAAGGGCAAAGACAAAAAGAAAGGAAAAAAUAAAAAUAAGAAAGAAGUAACUAAUGAUGAAGAAAACGACGAAACCAACAGAGAUUGCAAAUCCCCAACCGAAGACGAAUUACAAAGCAAAAUACCGAUAGUAAAAGGCAGUAAAGUCAAGACAAUCAAAAAGCAUUCGAAAGAUCCGCUAAAAGAAUUCGCUACGAUAUCCAAAGAUAUAGACUGGGAUAAAGACGACGAACAAACAGUUACAACGAAAAUAAUCAAAACGGUAACAACAGAUCCGAUCGUAAAAACGACAGUUACAAGAAUCACCUCAGAAACGCUACCCGAAAGUGUUAAAAGUAAAAUUCCUGUUCUGUCGAGCGGAUCGAGUCCCCAAAAAGACGAAAGAGCAUCGGCGGAGGAAUUGGGCGACCAGGGCAGUGGCAAAAGCAAAAUACCCGUACUUAAAACCGAGAGCAUGACGAUAACGCCGCCCGACGUCAUACUCACCGAAAGAACGACGGUGUCGCCCAGUUCGACGCGAGUCAUAGAAACGACAACGACGACGAUAGUAUCCCCUAUUUCUCAGACUUCAACAAAGUCGAGUACCGUCGAUUCAGACUCGGACGACGAGUCGAGACGACAGUCGCCGCGGUUGAAAAGCAUUUUGAAGAAGUCGCCUCAACAGCAGCCGCCCGUUCAUCCGGUAGGUAGUUCCAGUGGCUCCGACAUUGCGCUGCACGAAGAGGGCGGCGAAUUAAGUUCAGAUUCAGAAGAUUUUUAUCAUCAAGAGCCUCAAUAUACUGAAUCCACUGUUGAAGAAAUCGACCCUAUCACUGGAGCAAAAAUUACUAAAACGGUAAGGACUCUAAUUAACCAUUCCAUUGUGUCACCAGAGCAAGAUCAUCGUCAAACGAUGCAAAAUGUAUUGGGUCAGUUUAUGUUAGAAGAAAGGAAUCCUCGUUAGAAACUCAGUGAAUAAACUUUUUACAUAUUUGUAGUCAUAAAUCCAUUACUUUAUAUCACUUUUUAGUAUCUUAAACUAACGAAAAUUUGCAGUAUUUUGGCCGAAUAUUUUAUUAAUUCCCGAAAAUUAUUUAUUGUUUUCAUUUUGUUAACUUGUCUACUUAAAGUAUAUAGUAUUAAGAUAAUAUAUAAAUUAUUGAUAAAUUUAAAGAUGCCAAUUUAGAAGUUCAAAUUGUCGAUUUUCAGCCAAUUUAAUUGAAAUCUUUAUAUAAAUUUAUAUAUAUUACCUGAAUUAGCAUAGAUAAAAACUUUUAAAAAUUUACUCUAUAGCGUUCAAAUAGUGCCUAAAUUUUUACUUGAAAAAUUAAAAUUUCAAGUAAAAGUUUGUGUUAUAUUUUAAAAUUGUACAUCCUUUUUGCAAUUAAAAAUAUAUGGGACGUAUAUUUGUAUAUAAAGUCAGUAAACAAUAGUUUAAGUUUAACUUUAAAACACUUUUAACUAUUUUUGCAAAAAGGUUUAGGUGCUGAAAAAGGUUUUGUCACAGUUAAAAAAAUGUGAAUUUUAUUAAUAAGAAUUUUAAUAUAUUUAUUACAAUAUACAUUAUGCUUUUAAAAGAUGAAAUAAAGUUAUUAAUUCUGUAGAAAUGGUUGCUUAAUAUGUAUUUGAUAUGUUGUUUCAAAAAUAAAUGUGUGGUGUACAG